CAACACAUAGCUACCCAGGCUUUAUCCUCGCUCACAAUCCAGCCUUUUCAACCUUUUGCUUACUCAUCCAAUUCAGGCCAACCCACCCUUUGUCUUCCCAACCCAUACAAUAACGCAUCCUCUCAGUCCGACCUUUUCACUCCCUGCUUCGAUACCUACUUUGUGAAACCUUGUCGCAAGCUCAUGCUGUGGUUCCAAUUACACAACUAUCAUCUGGAUACUGCAAUUAGCUUUAGACCUAUUGUUGAAAUCAAUAUCAGUGGCCUUGCUAACGUGUUCCUCACUACUCGAUCCUUUCUACUGGUUUUUUCUGAGAAAAGGGUGAAGCGUACCAUGAAUGAUUCUUCCGAAAUAGACAUUGACUCUGUCAUUGACAGGCUGCUGGAAGUACAGCUUGCAGAGUUUGAAAUCAAAUACCUUUGCACAAAAGCGAGGGAGAUUUUUAUUGCUCAGCCCAUACUUCUUGAGCUCGAAGCUCCAAUAAAAAUUUGCGGCGAUAUACAUGGUCAAUACUACGAUUUGUUAAGGUUAUUUGAAUAUGGUGGAUUCCCUCCGGAAGCAAAUUAUCUUUUCCUUGGCGACUAUGUUGACAGGGGAAAGCAAUCACUGGAAACAAUCUGCCUUUUGUUGGCGUACAAGAUAAAAUAUCCCGAGAAUUUUUUCAUUCUGCGAGGAAAUCAUGAAUGCGCAAGUAUUAAUCGUAUUUAUGGAUUUUAUGAUGAAUGCUUAUCACCCGAUCUUCAGAGUAUGGAACAAAUCCGAAGGGUCAUGCGACCAACAGACGUACCAGAUACCGGCCUAUUAUGUGAUUUGCUGUGGUCCGACCCUGACAAGGACAUCACUGGUUGGAACGAAAACGAUCGUGGUGUUUCUUUCACAUUUGGUCCUGAUGUCGUCAGUCGGUUUUUGCAAAAGCACGAUAUGGAUUUGAUAUGUCGAGCACAUCAAGUAGUAGAAGAUGGUUAUGAAUUCUUUGCCAAAAGGCAACUUGUUACCCUAUUCUCUGCGCCAAAUUACUGUGGCGAAUUUGAUAAUGCCGGUGCGAUGAUGAGUGUGGACGAAACUCUUAUGUGUUCGUUUCAGAUUCUUAAGCCGGCUGAAAAGAAGAAAUACCCUUCUUAUAACUCAGGACGACCAGUAACCCCUCCACGUAAUCACAAUGCAGCACGAGCGGUACCCGCGACCAAUAGUAAAAAGAAGAAGGAAAUGGCCAAGGUUACAUAA